AUGUCAAAUGGUAUGAAUAUUUCAAAAAACACGGUGAAAAGGAUAAGACAAAGCGAUCUCCAGCUACAUUCAACCAUCCACAAAAUUGACUCUUCUCUUUCUGAAAGUCUCCAUCAAAUUGAAUACAGUGUGCGGAAAAUAGCACAAGAACAAGGGCAAAUGGACGGUGAAUACCAGCCUUACUAUCUGCGGCGAAGACGCUCCAUAGAACAAAUCGUCGAAUCCGAAAAGGCCUUCCCAUUUAGCAAUGAACUGCGCGAGAGAGCGAGCAGCCUGGGAAGCAGGCCUACGACAAACAACAAACUACAAAUUCCGAGCAAUACAGCUUCAAAAGAAUCAGUGUCUUCUGAAGACGGUAAUGGAACGCGUGACGUCAGUUCCCCGAGACGUCGACCCAAAACAAGUGAAAAUACAGAGGAAAAUCCCGUCAGCAACUUAACUCAGUUUUACCGAUUCAGACAAGGAAUAGGUUCUAGAAGAAAUUCGUUACCUAUGAGUUUUAGUCUUCAAAACUUGAAUGAUCUUCGCGCGCGCAAUCAGAAUAAUGCAGGUGAUGAUGGAGGACUGAAUGUUCGUCUGCAUCGCUUGGAACAUGAACUCGCUCAUCGGAAACCAAAGAGCAGACGACAGCUUCUCGCCAAUAGUAUGACAUCUAUUGAUGAGAGAAAAGAAAUUGAAAAAUUAGAAAUGGAAAGGCGGCGCCACGAGGCUGAGGAAUAUGUUAGUUCUAUUGAGAAAUGUAACAGUUACUAUAUCCGAAAUAACAAAAGUAACCAGGCAGAACUAACCAUGGAUGAGAUCUUUCAGAAAUCAUAACUCUUUCUGAAGACAUUUUUAUUUUUCCUUCAUAAUAACAAUAUUGUUUACCUUUUAUAUGAAAUGUACAUCUGGGAGAUGGUGAAACAUGCUUAUUGCAAGCAUGUACUAUGUAGCUAAUACAUAGUUGUAAUUAUUAGUAUAAGUAUAUAUACUUAUAUUUUCACCAAGUCCAUGUUGUUCAUGUAUAUAUGCAAUGAAUCAGGCUUACGACAAAGCAUUUCAAGCCAACUCUGUGUUUCAUGUACUAAAUUUAAUGAAAACAAGACUUUGUAUUGUAACAUAUAUUUUUUUCUAGUUUUAUAACAUAAACAAGAUGAAUGUAAAUAAUAAUUUUUGUUCAACAAAAUACGCUCCUAUAAGA